AUGCCUCGCGGAAACGACAACUUCACCAAGGUGUACUACAAGGGCAAGUUCGACGACUUUGUCAUCUUCGUCGACGACGUGCCUGCCGUCCACAGAUGGCGCAAGGAUCGCUCGGUGCCGCUUCAGCAGAUCUUGAACGGGUGGAAGAUCUUCGUCACGCAUCGCCACGGAGCCCAGGGCGUGCUAGACAACGCCAGCAAAGCCAUGCUGGACAACGAGUUCGGCACUCACCGGGAAGAAGACUGCAUUCAGCAGAUUCUCGAGAGGGGAGAAGUUCAGGAGACGACUAACUGGGAACGCCAGGCAGAUAAGAACCCCCUUAAUGGACCUGUUUCUUCCGGAAAGGGAUAA